GCAUCGUGUGUGUUGUUGUUGCUGCUCGUUGCUGCUGCCUCAACGUCGUCGUCAAAUAAACUGAGCGUGAAUGUGUGUGUGUGUUAUCAUUUGAUUUCAAAAACAAAUGGCUGAAGAAAAAAUUGACAGCCUCGCUGAGGAAUUUCCUUUGCACAAUAGUGUUUUUAAUAACGAUAUUAAAGGCCUUUCGCAGCAUCUCCAGCAAGUGGGGAACGAUGUCUCGAAAAAGGAUAAACACGGAAACACCGCCCUGCACCUGGCCGUGAUGCUGGGACACAAAGAGUGCACCCACCUUCUACUUGCCCAUGGAGCACCUGUCAAAAUCAAGAACCUCGAAGGUUGGUCACCCCUGGCCGAGGCCAUUAGCUAUGGUGAUCGUCAGACAAUCUCCUCCCUGCUUCGCAAGCUGAAGCAGCAAUCGCGUCAGCAAAUGGAAUCCCGUCGAGCGAAUCUAAUCAAUGCCUUGCGCCAAAUGAAAGAUUUCUACAUGGAAUUAAAGUGGGAUUUCCAUUCAUGGGUGCCGUUGGUAUCGCGCAUUCUGCCCUCUGACAUCUGUAAAAUCCACAAAUCCGGAUCGUCCAUACGAUUGGAUACGACCUUGGUUGAUUUCACUGAUAUGCGCUGGGAGCGAGGGGAUAUUUCGUUUAUAUUUCGAGGCGAUAAGAGCACCCAUGAGUCACUGACUGUGCUAGAUAACGAAUUCCAGUGCUAUCAGCGAAUGCGCUAUGAAGAGAACGACAUUGAGGAGGAGGUCGAUGUGCUGAUGUCGAGCGAUAUUCUUGCCGCCCAAAUGUCCACCAAAGCUAUACAAUUCUCGCGAGCACAAUCUGGCUGGAUAUUUCGUGAGGAUCGUAAGGAAGUCGUUGGUGGCCAGUACAAUUGUGAUCUCUAUUCAAUCAACGGUCUUGUACUUAAGUCCCGCAAGCGACGCGAGCAUCUAUCCACAGAUGAUCUAAAAAAGAACAAAGCGCUAGUCGAGACAAUUACCAAGGGCCGGAGGGCCAGCAUCGAGGCCAAUGGUGAUCUUGGAAGACGAAACUCACUACUGCCACCACCAGAAACCACUGUCACAUGGAACGAAUACAUCUCAGCUGAAGUUGGUAAAUACCCAAAGCUCGGACGGGACAUAGUGUUCAAGCAGUCCAACAAGUGCCUACGGGCGACAGUGGCCAUGAGCAAAGAUUUCCCCCUGAGUGUUGAGAUGCUGCUUAAUGUUCUCGAGGUCAUAGCACCGUUCAAGCAUUUUAGCAAGCUGCGAGAAUUCGUCACACUCAAGCUGCCCAGUGGCUUUCCAGUUAAAAUCGAAAUUCCCGUCCUCACAACAGUUUCAGCUAAAAUAACAUUUCAAAAGUUCGAAUUCUGCGACUUCAUCGCACAGGAACUUUUUGAGAUCCCCAAUCACUAUGUAGAGGACAAUCGUCGUUUUCCGGACUUAUGACCCCAGCAAGAAGUUGAUCUCAAUAAAAAUGAACUAAGUAUAACCGAAGAAGAGAACGAGGAUGAGGCAGAUAACCAAGAGGAAGAAGAAGACGACGACGAUGAAGAUGAUGAGGAGUACUUGGAUCCACAGGGUACAGAAACAGAUGAAGUAUCUUAGAUAAAUUUUUAGGCAAACAGGAAAAAACAAAUCAAGAACUCAUUCUAUCUCGUUUAUUCUUCGAAGACCAGACAUUAUAGCAGCACGUAAUUGUUUCCAAAAAAAAAAAGAAGCAACACAAAACAACACACAAUACAUUACUACACGACACUCGACACUCUUAGACACCUGCCUAUCACUGACCAGUAUAAGAUUUAUAGAGAGUUUUGCUAGGCAAGACCAAUAAUGUUUAAUUAAAAAAAAAUAUGGAAAAUAUUCUAAGUCUAAGUAUAUCACACACUAUUUUAUUCUAUUUCUUUUAAAGUAAAGGUAAGCAUAAUUGAAGAUGGCCGUCAAUUGCCUUCUUUCGUAAAGAAAUGAAAAAUAUAAUAAGAAAAUUAAGAUUGCCUGAAUCUUAUCUUAGAUCGAGCGAGGUGAAAACAAAAACCCAAACGCUUUGUUAUGUUAAUGCUUUUUGCUGUUUUGAUAAGAUAUUAAAACAUAUCUUCAUAAAUUGUAUAAAAGCGUUAGCAUAAACAAGCGAUGCGACUAUAUACCGAAAUAUUCCCAUAAAGACACAUAUAAAAGAAUAUAUACAAACGUGUCAAUUAUUAUAACGUUAUUUAAAAUAUGUUCAUUUCAUUCAUGUAUUUAUUUGUUUCAAUUUCUUCUGUGUAAACAUAAACUAAACAAAAAUAUUAAUAAUAAAUAAGCUACAAAAUGUAAAAUAAAGUACAUAAAUAAUUUACUGUCCAUAUCUCUAUUACCAAUUAUAAUAUUUUCUCUUUGUAAACUACAUCUCUAUCGCUUCGCAUCAUCAAUGUUACAUAUGUUUCAAAAUUUUACUUAAAAAUACAAAUUCUUCAUCUACAUUAUCUGUUUUAGAUAUUAAAAAAGAAAAAUGAGUAAAACAUUAAUCAAUCAAUAAAGAGUAUUUAAACAUCCCAUUCUAUGUUUUAGGAGAAAAAUAGUAAAAGAAAAUACUAUAUAGAAAUUGUAUUUAAGAGGAAAAUGUAUUUGUAUUUAUUUGUUAAUGAAAAAACAACAAAAAAGAAAAACUACACGUUCCAUUUUAGUUGAAAAAAAAGAAAAACAAAAUUACGGAAAAAAAAGAUUAUUUGUUAUAAAAAAAAUAAAGUAGAAGAAUUAUUUAUUCGAAAUUUACAUACAUAUUACAUACAUAGUACAAAAUGCUAUUCUAUACACUUUGUAUUUUGCUUAAGAUGAAAACAACAAACAAAAACAAAUAAACAAAUGUGGAGAAACUCAAGAAAAAAACAUUAUGAUCUAAUAAAUGGUAGUAAUUGAAAAGUU